CCUUUAGGGUCGCAAAGAAACAAGAAUCUCCGGACGUUCAUUACGAAUAGCUAGAGAUCUCUUCCUGGGCCCAGUCAAUCUUUUUGUGCGUCACGUCAAGCCAUCCCCUCACGCUCAUUUCGUCACUCCUUACAAUACCCCACACCAUCCCGAAAGCCAUUCCACAGCCUGACAUCAUGUUCAAACGUUCGCACCGCUCGCGCGACCGCGUCGAAAAGGUUUCGCGGCUGAAGAAGAACUUGAAGGAUGCAUCGAAGUCGUCGAAGUUGCAGAGGUCGUUCGAGGAGGAUAACCCUUUACUUGGGGCGGCUCCCCUCAUCUCUCCGGUCAUCACCUUGAUGGUUGGAAAGGAAGGACGACUGUUUGCGGCGCAUGAGGACGUCCUCUGCCUAUCGCCGUUCUUUGCGGCGGUUUGUCGGGGGAAGUUCGUUGCUGCGCAGAGUAAGAGGAUUGAACUUCCCGACGAGGAGCCUGAGAUCUUCUCAUGUAUUCUCGAGUAUCUUUACAAGGGCGACUACUACCCACGCGCGUUGCAAAACAAGCGUCGAAGCACUUGGGAGCUCGAGGAUGCAGUGAGCUUACCCAAGCCCGAAAACGGAGGUGGUCGCGGAAACGCCGAGGCCACAACCUUUGUCACCAGCGUGGGAGAGUAUCUCCUCCGAGACACCGUCAUCUACUGCCUCGCGGACAAGUACGGCCUCGAGGAGCUCAAGCGCCUUGCCCUUCGCAAGCAGGGUCUGCAGAGCGGAAUCGAGGUUGGAACCAUCCUGCGUAGCGCUCGGUACGCCUAUGACAACACGCCGGACACGGACUCGCGUCUCCGCGCCCAUUACCUUGCCCUGAUUAUCCGAUGUCGCAAGACAUUUAAGAGGAGCGGCACAAUGCAGACAGAAAUGGAGAGUGGUGGAAAACUUUUCUUUGAUCUAUUCGUCGCGCUCUGCAAUCACGUGGAUGAUAUUGUGGAUAUCGGGUACGCCCCCAAUUUUCUAUUACUCGACUCACUGACAAGCACAGGAAGCCUGAUACUGACUUCUGCCCCAGGAACUCCCGGUCCCCCAAGACCAUCUAAUAAUCGCGGUAUGCAGAGUACGCGGCGGUAGAUGCACAGCUUUCGCGGUCGAAAUUGCAUCACGAGGACCGACACAACGAUAUUUUUUUUGCUCUUCGCAUCUCCAUCAGACUGGGUACCAAAUCGGAGAUUUUUGCGUCUUUCCCAAGCACAAGCAAACUCCACUUCCCCCGCGAGGUUUGGCCGCCUUAUCAUGAUGAAAAAAACGAAAACCAUCCCCGAAAAAAAAUGUCACCAUAAUCGUUGAUUUCUCCUCAUUUCGUAAUACCCACUUUGCUCUGUUGGACACGGAAAGGAUUUUGCGUUUGCUUUACACCCGCCCUAGGCCGGGUUGCUUCUGCGCUUGAGGCGUCGGCGGACGGUUUGCGAGGGGGCGGGUUGACGAUCCACCACUAGGCUGGCACGACCUCUUCGUGCCGCUUUUCUUGCGUUACUGUUGGGAUGCAUGGGCUGCUUUGGGAGGGCUGUGCUGGUCUUGAUGAUGAGUGCGGGAUGCGUCCCUAGCGGAUGCGUCGAGCUUGACCCCUCUGUCAGGGUCUAGUUAAUGGGAGACUUCGGCCACCUCAGAUGGCGUAUUUGUUGAGUGUGAAUGUGUGAUAUUUGAUAUUCGCUGUAAGAUGGAGCAAGCCAAGUAACGUAACGCUGCUCAUGCCCGUAGCGCCUACAUAUCUUUAUGUAUGCCGCUAUACUCUAUAAAAAGCAACUGCUCUUAGCCUUGAAAUAUCAGAUAUUUGCAAAGAGGCAUUGUGCAUAUCCACCUCCCUGCUCUCUAAAAUUGCUCAUACUUAAAACCCCACACGAAGUAAGUUUUGGCGAUAUCACAUAUAGGCUCCAAGUCAAAUUGGUCCGGCGGUACAUACAACCUUGAACCUUCCACCCGCAACGUUCCAUGAACUACCCCGCGACAAAUGCCGAACAAUCGAAGCAUUCAUCCGGGACGGUCCACGAGCCUUUUCAUCGCAGCUAUGGAUAAUGCCUGCAGCCUAAAUGGACGGCACUCAUCUUUUUGUCAUGGGAUGGUACCUGCCUGCCACUAUAAGCUUUCAUGCUUGCUUUGUUCGAAUAAUAGACUGUGCUUUCGGGUGUAAAGAGAUUUUAUUGAUGCU